GCGCGCGCGGAGGCCGCUCUGGCCGGCGCUCGGUGCCCGCCGUGCCCGCGGAGGGAGGGCCCUCGCCCGGCGAGUGGCCAAUCCGGGCGGGCGCUGGCGGCGAGCAGGGGCAGAAUGGGCUGUAGUUGAGCGAAAUAGGGAAAGCGGCGAACAGUGUGGAGCGUUCCCGGUGUAAAUAAAAGGGGGGGCGAGGAAAAAAAAAAAAAAAAAAAAAAAGUUUGUGGAAGUCGCCGCCCUGCAGCCUCGCUCGGGCAGCGGCGCGGGGGCUUGUGCGGCGCGGGAGCCCGGCACGGAGGACUUCAGUGCGCGGCGUUAACACGCUCUGCCUAUUGUUUGUGUUUUUUUCCAAAAUAUGGCAAAGGUUCAGGUGAACAAUGUAGUGGUGUUGGAUAAUCCUUCUCCUUUCUACAAUCCUUUCCAGUUCGAAAUCACAUUCGAGUGCAUAGAGGACCUGUCUGAAGAUUUGGAAUGGAAAAUAAUUUAUGUGGGCUCAGCUGAAAGUGAAGAGUAUGAUCAGGUGUUAGACUCUGUUUUAGUUGGACCUGUUCCAGCGGGCAGACACAUGUUUGUAUUUCAGGCUGAUGCACCUAACCCAGGGCUUAUUCCAGAUGCAGAUGCAGUAGGUGUAACAGUUGUGCUAAUUACAUGCACUUACCGAGGUCAAGAAUUUAUUAGAGUUGGCUACUAUGUAAACAAUGAAUAUACUGAAACAGAACUGAGAGAGAAUCCACCAGUAAAGCCAGAUUUUUCUAAGCUUCAAAGGAAUAUUUUGGCAUCUAAUCCCAGAGUCACAAGAUUCCACAUUAAUUGGGAGGACAACACUGAAAAACUGGAAGAUGCAGAGAGCAGUAACCCAAAUCUACAGUCCUUGCUUUCCACAGAUGCAUUACCUUCAGCAUCAAAGGGGUGGUCAACAUCAGAAAAUUCACUAAAUGUUAUGUUAGAAUCUCAUAUGGACUGCAUGUGACUAACCACCAUCCUUUUGGUACUGUAUAUGUGUUAAACUGUAAAAACUACCAGAACUAUUUCCCUCAAAUUCCAUAAGUACAUAGUUGAAGCAAUGUGAAGAACUUGUUUUAAAACAUCUGUAGAAAGUUUAUAAAAAAAAGCAAAAAAAAAAAAAAAAAAAAACAACCCAACAAACAGUAUUUGAACAGAUUGCGAAAUAUAAAUACAACUAUUUUUAAGUAAUUGCCUUUUUUUUCUAAUGUGUUAUUCUAUGUGGUCUAAACCAAACCUGAUUAAAGUGUAUGUAUUCUC